CUUGUGAAGGUCUUCCACGAUCAUGCGACUCCUGAUACGCCCAGGCAAAGCUUGGCGCAUCCUAGCACAUGGCCGUCCAUACUCUACAGCGCCGCCGACGUCGGUGGCAUCGCAACGAAUCUACGUCUCCCCGCAUGAGCAUUUGGACUUGACUCCCCGCACAGCAUGGGACAUAGUGUCCGCCGCGUCCGCGUUGCAUGCGGACAAGGUGGCAUUGAUCUGUGGGGUCACCCACAAGCAAGUCACGCAUCGCGAGUUUGUCGUCAGCGUGAAAGCGAUCGCAGCGUCGUUGGCGCAGCGAGGGGUUACCAAAGGCACCGUCGUCCUCACUAACAUCGUCAACUGUGUCGAAUACCCGCAGCUAUACCAUGCCCUGACCUUGCUUGGCGCCACCAUGUCCCCAGCAUCCCCGCAGUUUUCCGCGGCCGAGCUCGUCCGGCAGUUGCGUGCAUCCAACGCCUCCUUUAUCGUGACCCAUGAAUCCGUCGAAGGGCCGGCUCAACAGGCCGCGCAACUCGCCGCCAUUCCACUCGACAACUGCUUCUGCAUCGGCCCAUCGCCGUCGUCGUUCCAGUCCUUCUCAGUGCUCACAACCCCCUGUACCUCAUGGCAUGACGUGGCAGCACCAUCUGUGGACAUUAUGAACGACACCAACUACCUCCCGUUUUCCAGCGGCACCACGGGAGUGCCCAAGGGGGUCAAGCUAUCAUUUUGGAACAUGGCGAUAAAUCUCGUCCAGAUGGGCCACAGCGAGUCGUUCAACUCGCCUGCGAUGAUGGUGCUGCCAUACUAUCACAUUUACGCCUCCACCCUCAUGAAUAUGGUGCUCGUGUCUGGCUACGCCCAAGUGAUUUUACCUAAAUUCGACCACCGUCAGUUCCUCCACUGCCUCCAACGAUACCGCAUUACCAAAGCCCAUAUUGUACCCCCGAUUGCUACCUUCUUGGCCAAGCAUCCGAUAGUGGACGAGUACGACUUGAGUGCACUGAGGAUGCUCGUCUCCGCCGCGGCACCUCUGGGUGCAGGACUACAAGAUGCCGUGCACCUACGACUGGGUAUUCAAGUCAAACAAUGCUAUGGCUUGACCGAGCUCUCGCCCAUCGUCAACUACUCCAAGGACGGCCACUCGAAACCCGCGUCGACGGGAACGCUGGUGCCCCACACGGAGCUGCGGGUCGUGUGUCCGUCUUCUGGUGCGGACCUCCCGCCCGACCAAGUGGGCGAACUGUGGUACCGCGGCCCCCAAGUCAUGCUCGGGUAUCUCGACAACGACCAAGCGACAGAGGACACGACCACGACGUGUGGGUUCUUAAAGACAGGGGAUUUGGGCUACAUUGACGACGACGGCCACGUGUUUGUUGUCGAUCGGUUGAAAGAAUUGAUCAAGUACAAGGGCCACCAGGUGGCGCCGGCGGAAUUGGAAGAUGUGAUCAUGACCCAUCCAAGUGUGAUGGACGUGGCUUGUAUUCGAGGAUAUACAGAAGACGGGGACGAAGUGCCUAAAGCGUGUGUCGUGUUGAAGCCAAGUCAUGACGUGUCGGCUGCAGAGUUGAUGGAGUUUGUGGCCGCCCGCGUUGCGCCGUUUAAAAAGGUGCGGCAGGUCGAGUUUGUGGGGACAAUUCCUAAAAAUGGCUCGGGCAAAAUCCUACGACGACAGCUCCAGGCAGCCGCCCCUCCGCCGUCGUCAUAA